AUGGAUUUGGACAUUGAUAUGGAUGAUGCUGCCGUCGCAGACGCCUUUCAAGAUACCCACGAGACCCACGAGCAUAUCCCGCAAGGCGACGAUAUCUUAGUGCCGGACGAACCAGAAGAGCCAGGCGAAGUUGCGGAUGAUGGGGAAGCCAACGAGGACGACGCGUCAAACACUAUUGUCCCUACAAAGAUCCAUAUUAGAGGCCUAGACAACCUACACACAGACGACAUAAAAGCAUACGUCAAGGCUCACUACGGGAAUGUGGACAGGGUGGAAUGGAUUGACGACAGCACGGCGAAUCUCGUCUUCAACUCCGAACCUACCGCCCGCGAGGCCAUUGUUGCUCUGAGUGCUAUUGACAUUGCAGAUGCGACUGCUUUGAGCAUUGGAGAGACGAUUCCCGCCAAAGCACUCGAGGGGAAGCCCGAGGUUUCUCUACAAGUUCGCUUUGCUACCCUAGCCGACAGGAAGCAGGCUGGUGCCGCCCUUCGCAGCCGAUAUUACCUCCUCCAUCCUGAACACGACCCCGAAGAACGACGACGACGGUAUCAGGAAAACCGCUCUCGAUAUCGUGACCGCGACCACGACCACCGUGGUGGUGGUGGAGGACGGCGAAGACGUUAUUCAGAUGAGGAGGUUGAAACAUUCGAGGCAAGCAUGUACGACGAUGCGCCGCAGUCUUCCAAGGAUGACAGGUCUGAUCGCUCUGGAUCAAACGCUCGAGGAAACAAUCGCGGCAAGGAGCUAUUCGCAGAUCGCGCAGUGGGGCGAUCAAGCAACAGGAGAGGCAGAUCUGCAUCUCCGCGCCGUGACGAUGAUGGAGACGCGGCAAUGGACGGCCUUGCCAGCUCGUCAAGUAAUAGAACACAGGCCCGGUCCAUCAGGGGCCGCCUGGCAAGCGACGCCAAGUCGAAAGAGCUUUUCCCCACCAAGCCGUCUAAUAGGGGCGGGCAACUGGACCAGCUCGAAGAGGCCAUUGGUUCAGCCCGGUUGAAAGAGGAGGACAUGCCCAAGGUUGUUGCGCGGCCAGACGAGCCAGCCGGCGAGGGUCUUAACAUCCGGGGCGUCGCCAAUCAGCGCACUCAAGGCAAAGACAGCGGUUUCUCCAUCAAAGGAGCCGCUAAUGCCCGGGAGUUGUUUCCCGGCAAGUUUGGAUCGGGUAAUGCGGGCAAGGAACUGUUGGAUAUGAAUCGAUCAAAAAGGAGACAGAAGGCAGAGGACUUGUUCUCAUGA